AUGGAGAAACUGUCGGAAAAUGCUCUUCUGCGGAUCGCAGAGAAUAUAGAGCGGGCUGUUGACGAUGAGAUGGAACAUAUAGAUAACUUGGAUGAUGACGAAUUGAUGGAACUCCGACGCAAGCGUCUGAAGGCACUAAGAGAGAUGGGAGAGCGUCGAGACGCGUGGUUGAGAAAGGGGCAUGGCCAACUGCAAGAAAUGGCAGACCCAAAGGAGUUUUUUAAUGCUGUGGAACAAUCUGAACGUGUCGUUCUCCACUUUAUGAGAAGAAGCACCUUGCGUUGUUCUAUCCUGGAGCGACACCUUCGAGCUAUUGCAUCAAAGCAUUUUGAGACACGAUUCUGCUACGUUGAUGUUGAGAGACUUCCCGCUCUUGCUGAACGAUUUAACGUAAUGAUGUUACCGACGUUGAUGCUUAUUGAGAACAAGAAAACGUUUUACAGCAUUAUUGGUUUUGAUGAGUUUGGGGGAACUGAUGAUUUUUCAACAGAUACUGUUGUAAAGGUGCUUUCUCACUAUGGCAUGGUAAACGAACGUGGCAUGUUUUCAGAUGAUCAAAGUGCCGAAUAG